CGGGGGAGAAGGGUGUCGAUCCCGAGCGCAGAGGCGGCGCGCAGCGCUGUACAGAGAGCUCCGCAAGUGUCCGUGCGCUCGGGCUCAGCGCCCCGCGUCUCCCGCCGCGGGUGUCCCCGCGCUCGGCCAUGGUGGACGUGCUGGGCGGGCGGCGCCUGGUGACCUGCGACGGCGCGUGGGUGGAGGCCGAGGCGGCGCUGCAGAACAAGGUGGUGGCGCUGUACUUCGCCGCGGGCCGGUGCGCGCCCAGCCGCGAUUUCACGCCGCUGCUCUGCGACUUCUAUGAGGAGCUAGUGGUCCAGGCCCGGCCGCCCGCGCCCUUCGAGGUGGUCUUCGUGUCCGCCGAUGGCAGCGCGCAGGAGAUGCUGGACUUCAUGCGCAAGCUGCACGGCGCCUGGCUGGCGCUGCCCUUCCACGACCCCUACCGGCAUGAGCUGAGGACCAGGUACCACAUCACGGCCAUCCCCAGGCUUGUGAUCGUGAAACCGAGCGGGGAGGUCAUCACCGACAAAGGGCGGAAGCAGAUUCGGGAGCUCGGGCUGGCCUGCUUCCAGAACUGGGUGGAGGCAGCUGACAUCUUCCAAAAUUUCUCCGGUUGAGCUGGGGGGAUCUUUGGAGGCCUGGACAGGUGUGCGUCACUGCUGUUGCUGCAGUGUGAACACAGCAGAGAACAGGAGCAUCCUGUUUCCUUUCUCGAUGCUGGUGGUUACUUUCAGAGCAGAAGCCCUCAGCUGUGAUAGAAAGAAAAUAUUGCUCAGGGAAUGCCCUCCCUGGAGCCUUGUUUGUAGUUGUUUUGAUUUUUCUAACAUAGCUUUCUUCACAUGAGCGUGUGUUCACAUUGAGCUAUUGGAAAUCUAUGCAAAACAUGUAUUUAUACAGGCUCUUCAGGUAA